GGCCAGGUACAACAAUGAUUUUUUCCUGUUCCAGAGGAGUACUUACUCUACCAUCUUGGCAGCAGAGUGACCCGUGUUCAGCAAGAUUUCGCAAGAGGACGAUGAUCUCCUGUGACCCUCUUCUGUGGCUGACGACCAUUCUGCUUCUGAGAAUAGUACAAAGUGACCCCUGUGGCUAUAAUCAAUGGCCCUGCAAUGGAAACAAGAACCAGUCAGGACAAAGUACUAAUGCAACAGCACAGAAUGUAGUCACCAAGACUCUGCAGGUCUUCAUCAUCUGCCUGAACACCAGUUCCACCAGCGUGCUCAGUGGGGGGAGCCUCGACCUGGCCUGUUACCACACUCUACCCUUCAGCACUGAGGCCUUCUACUGGUUCCAGGAUGACAACUUCCUGAUGAAGACCAAAAUCAGUAAUUUCUCGGUGACCAACUUCCUGUGGGAAAAUAAGGGAACAUACCGCUGCGAGGUCCAAAAUACAUGUGGAAACAUGUCAUCGGGGACAGUAGAAAUUGAUGUCAUAUAUACAAAUGAUCCAGUCCUCAUCAUCAUCUGCGCGGUGAUAGGGGGAGCCAUUCUGCUCAUCUUCAUCUUCGCCAUGAAGUGCGUCCUGAAGCGUGAAAUUGCCCAGACCAAGGCCAGGAACAGACGAAACGCAAUAACCGCCGCAAUGUCUCACAGAAACUCCUGGUGAGCGUCCAUCACGUUCUACCCAACCCUUGCACCCCAUUCGAUGAACCCCCAAGGCGAUGGUCAUUGGGAGAUGGGUCAAAAUUUGCAUAAUUUUGCUUACUUUUCACAGGCAUAACACAUAUAACAUGUCACCUAUGUGUUUAGUUAACAAGAUGCAAAUCUGUUACUAGAAGAUGCAAAUUAAAUACUCGUGUGAUUCAGACAGGAAUUCUUCUUGCACCUUUAUUCCUGAAUUUUAUGCGCUGUGAUGGUAUGCUCAAGGCUUUCGUAUGUUUAUUUACUCACCAGAAUUUGCGGACACAUACAAGAUCGGAUUCAGACACAAGAUACGGAGGCUUCGUUCGCUCGGAACAGUGUGUGCUGUGUUUUUGUAUUUGAGAAAUAGCGGCCUUAGAAGUGGCAGUAGGAGUUGCAUUGAUGUUAUAACCUUGAUCGCACUCACAUUUGUUGGUGGAGAGGAGCAGUUCCAGUGUAUAAAAGUGGUGAAUGUAUAAAAGUGUGGAUAUCUGAAGUUUAUUUUGUUAAAUAUUGAUGUGUAAACGCAUUCGGCCAACAGCUGAGUUCCAAUGAAUGUUUCUGUACAGCCAACUUAGUGAUGUUGAAUUUCGAGAAAUUAAAAGUUGUGAUCUAAAUCGCUUCAGCUCUUUGUCGGUCUGGGUUUCUGCCGAGGUUCGGCUGCAUUUGGACGCGCGCGUAAGAGGAGGAAGGAAGGGCCCUGUCGGUGUCACGGUUCUCACCGGGAAGUGAGUCGCCAGGCACCCAGGCGCAGAGCCGAGGCAUCCUAGAUCGGGGAUAAUCCAAAAGUCGUGGUCAGGAAUACAGGCGUGAGUCACCGAGGAGCGAACGUCGUUAACGGGAGAAUCCAAAAACCGUAAGUCAAAAGUACAAGCCGAAAGGUCGGGGAUACAAGGAGGGAACUGGGAUUCAGGAGAGAGGGCGAGGAGCGGGAACAAGGACGGGAAGGUCACGAGAAGAGCGCAAGUCGUAGAGAGCCGCGAGCGAGUAGUAAGGCUGAACUAGGUUCCGAGCCUGUCCUCGCUCCGCUCCCCUGAUCCGCGGCAGGUGUUCCUCGUUGCGGCGAGGCGGAGGACACGACGGGUGGGGCCGGCAGGCUUGGGGUUCAAGUCAGAAGAAGGUUCUAGAAAAGAUGGCGGAAGGCCAUUGUGUCAGUGAGCGGAAGGCACAGUACAUGUGAGGAAAACAGUUUGAAGCAUCUGACAGGUUGAGCCCCCCACUAGAAGACACAU